AUGGCCGUCCUCAAGCACUGCGUUUGGCUCCUCUUAGUCGGUACCGCUGCAUUUACUUCCGCCAAGACCGCCCACAACUUUACGCAGGCGGCGAUCGACAAUGGAGACGCCCUUGCCCAACUCUCAGCACAGGCUCUCGAAGCCUCAAAGGCACUGAACCAGCGGAUGGGUACCAACUCGACCUGCACACCAGAAAAGCUGCGCGUACGGAAAGAAUGGAGAACACUUCCCGCCGAAGAACGCAAGGCAUAUGUCGCGGCCAUCAAGUGCCUUCAGUCCUCUCCCAGUCUGCUGAACCCAGUAGAGCUCCCUGCUGCAAAGUCACUCUUCGACGACUUUGUCUUGAUCCAUCUCAACCAGACGGCAAUGAUUCACCUUACGGCGAAUUUCCUCCUCUGGCAUAGAUAUUUCACAUGGACGUACGAGGAAGCCCUUCGCAACGUGUGCGGCUACAAUGCAACAUUCCCGUACUGGGAAUGGGGUUUCGACGUCGAAGACCCUGCCAAAUCCCCAGUCUUUGACGGCUCAGAAACGUCCAUGGGAAGCGACGGCGCAUCAAUCCCCCACGAAGGAAUGCAUAUCCUCCAGACCUUUUCCAACACCACCGUCAUUCUCGAGCCCGGCUCGGGAGGCGGGUGCGUCAAGACGGGACCGUUCUCCGACAUGGUGGUCCACGUGGGCCCCCGGCUGCUGUGGCAGUACGGCACCGCGACGCCGUUGAGUGUCGACAAGCCGACGGACGACCACCCGCGUUGCCUGAAGCGUGACCUGAACAAACAUAUUGCUUCCAGGUACACCUCGCUGCGGAACUCCACCGAGCUGAUCCUCGGCUACGACAACAUUGAGUGGUUCCAGGCGGUCAUGCAGGGGGACGACAGAUACACGCCUGGCGUGGAGCUGGGCGUGCACGGAGGCGACCCCGGCGCGGAUCCCUUCAUUUCUCCCGGAGAGACGGCCUUCUUCUUGCAUCACGGGCAGAUCGACCGUCUCUACUGGAUUUGGAAGAUGCUCGACUUUGACAACAGACAGAACAUUUUCGGCACCAGGACUCUGCAGAACAACCCACCGAGCGCAAACGCCACCUUGGACGACAUCAUUGACAUUGCUCCCAUUGGUGGAUCGGCCAAGCUUAGGGAUUUGUUGAAUACCGUGGGAGGAUCUCCGUUUUGCUACGUUUACGAGUAG